AUAGCCACUCUGGCAAGAAUCCUCUACACACGAUGAAGAAAUAUUUCCGAGCUCUGCAGAGAGCAUAAGGUGUCACACUUCUCUGCACGCCCGUUGGAAGGCAGGAGCUGGUCUGCCUCGGGCUCCGUGGGGCUCAGGGAUGGCUUUAGUAUUUCGGACUGUGGCACAGUUCGCUGGGAUCUCACUCUCUUUGCUGGGAUGGGUGUUGUCCUGUCUUACAAACUACCUGCCACAGUGGAAAAACCUCAAUCUGGACCUAAACGAAAUGGAGAACUGGACCAUGGGGCUCUGGCAGGCCUGUGUUAUCCAAGAGGAGGUGGGGAGACAGUGCAAGGACUUUGACUCCUUCCUGGCUUUGCCUGCUGAACUCCGGAUCGCCAGGAUUCUCAUGUUCCUGUCCAACGGGCUGGGGCUCCUGGGCCUGCUGGUCUCCAGCUUUGGCCUGGACUGCCUGAGGAUUGGAGAGACGCGGCGGGGCCACAAGAAGGGGCUGCUGAUUCUGGGAGGGAUUCUGUUCUGGGCGGCAGGGGUUGUGGUCCUGGCUCCGGUGUCCUGGGUCGCCUACCAGACGGUCCAGGAGUUCUGGGAUGAGACUGUGCCAGAGAUCGUGCCCAGGUGGGAGUUUGGGGAUGCCCUCUUUCUGGGCUGGUUUGCUGGUUUUUCCCUCCUCCUGGGAGGGGGCCUGCUGGACUGUGCAGCCUGCUUCUCCCAAGCUGCCCCAGCUUUGGGCCACCACGCAGUGGCAGAAACAAGAUAUCACUGUGAGCACCGGCAGAUGAACAAAGCCCAUCGGAAAAUCUAAGCCAGAAAACAUCAGUGGGGUCCAUCGUUCAAGAGCAACUCACUCCUUUCUGGAUUUGGUAGGAUUUCUUGCUACACAGCCAUCCAUUCACUGGGCUUUUAAUUUUCUAAAAUGCAUUUCCCUGUGGCUAUUCGCUUCUUAAAUUAUAAUUUCCUUCUAAGACAGUAAAAACACUUUUAUCUUCUCUUCUGAGACCAAAACCACUCAAGACUUAAUAGUAAUCAUACUCAUUAUGUGGAUGAGUUUUCUCCAUUUUAAAAUAGAUUCGGUGAUUGCACAGAGCUGGUAAAUAAAACAUUGUAUUAGCACUUACGUAUCUUUGAAUUGUUAUUCAUAGAGAUGAAUCGUUUUGGCAACUGCUAAUCAUUUAUUGCUUUCGAGUGUGUAAGGUCACCUGUUAUCUUGAAACUAAAGUCUUGUUGCAUAUUUACUGAGAAAGGACAUUAGAUUAGACUAAAAAAAUUGCUGGUUCUUUGAAAGCUUGAGAGGAGACGUGGGCUAUUUCAUCUCCUUUGUCAUUGGAGACCUCAGGGCCUCUAAGGGGCCUUUUCCAAAAGCCAGCCACAUUCCUUCAUGCCUUCCUCACCAGUGCAGAAGCAGAGGGUGGCAAUCUGGUGUUUGGGGAGGUUCACGUAAAAUACGGGCCCCCAAGUGUGCUUUGGCUUCGGUGCCCUGUGCUCUGUGGCAGACGGCUGAGGGCCCUGGAUGCCGCUGGCUCUGUGGA